AUGAUACCAGAAUCGAUAGAAGAUGGUGCACAUGUCGAGGGAGCUGGCUCUCCUGAAGCAUUCAAUGAAAUGUCUUUAUCAAAUGAAGCUCCAAAGCAGAGGAGAACAACAAAAUUUAUCCUGAGCAAAUACACCAUUUAUGAAACUAAGGAAAGAAUGUAUAUUGUCGGCAGUAAUAAGCGUGAGACAAUGUUUAGAAUACUGGAAAUAGAUCUUAGUGUUCCACAAGAUAGAUUGAGUGUCCUCGAGGAUAACGUUUUCUUCACAAGGAACGAGAUUAUGAAUGUACUUUCUGGAUUAGAGGAAGCAAGCGAAGAAGGAUUGAAUAAGAAACUGACUGGAUAUGGUCUCAUGGGAUUUAUUCGAUUCACAACAUGCUACUACUUGAUAGUUGUCCAAAAAUGCAGUCAAGUGGCCGUGCUAGCUGGUAGAUCAAUUUUUCAUAUAGAUGGAACUGCAUUGGUACCAAUAAGCAAUAACUAUAGGAAGCCGGACAAAUAUUCUGCAGAAGCUCGACUUAUGUCGACGUUUCAAAGUUUGGAUUUAACAAAGACUUUCUAUUUCAGCAAUACUUAUGACAUUACCAAUACCUUGCAAACCAACUUAUUAAGGGAAAAACUAAAAGCUGUAGGUAGGAGCGAUAUUUCAGUACCGAAUGGCAUUCCCGACUAUAACGAAAUGUUUAUGUGGAAUAAUAACCUUUUAGAAGCGGUAUUACCUUGCAUCGAUACAGUAUAUGAUUGGUUUAGGCCCAUAGUUCACGGAUUCAUUGACCAAGUCGAUGUCUCAGUGCUCGGGAAGAGUAUAUACAUCACUCUGGUCGCUCGUCGAUCGCAUCAGUUUGCUGGUGCUCGAUUCCUCAAAAGAGGAGUUAACAAACAAGGAUAUGUGGCCAAUGAGGUUGAGACAGAACAAAUAGUUACCGAUAUGCUGUUGACUGGGUUUCAUCGUCCUGGCAAUGGAUACUUCGACAGUGAUAGGUAUACUUCGUUUGUUCAACACAGAGGAUCCAUUCCUCUUUACUGGACACAAGAAGCUUCCAACCUCACGGGAAAACCGCCAAUUCAAGUCACAGCUGUUGAUCCCUUCUUCAGUUCGGCGGCAAUGCAUUUUGAUAUGCUUUUUCAAAGGUAUGGCAAGGUCCAAGUGCUUAACCUCAUCAAAACGAAGGAAAAAACUCCAAGGGAAACUAAACUUCUGAGAGAGUUUGAACAAUGCAUAACCUAUCUCAAUCAAUUUUUGCCUGAGAAUAAAAAAAUACAGUAUACUUCUUGGGAUAUGAGUCGAGCAUCAAAGCAGGAUGGUCAAGGUGUCAUUGAGUUUUUAGAAAAAUACGCAGCAGAGACUGUUUCAACAACCGGUAUUUUUCAUAAUGGUGCCAACUUUAAGGUAACAAAGAUACAAGAAGGUGUCUGUAGAAGUAAUUGCAUUGACUGCUUAGAUAGAACUAAUGCAGCUCAAUUUGUCGUUGGUAAAAGGGCUUUGGGAGUUCAGCUAAAGAGCUUGGGUAUAAUUGACAACAGCUAUUUGGAAUACGAUUCUGAUAUUAUUAACAUUCUUACAGAAUUAUUUCAUGAUUUGGGUGACACCAUAGCUCUGCAGUAUGGAGGCUCACACUUGGUUAAUACCAUGGAGACAUACCGAAAAAUUAAUCAAUGGAGCUCACACUCUAGGGAUAUGAUUGAGAGUAUCAAGAGAUUUUACAGCAAUUCAUUCGUGGAUGCUCAGCGCCAGGACGCCAUAAACCUUUUCCUUGGCCAUUACGUUUGGAAGAAAGGAUAUCCUGCACUAUGGGAAAUGAACACGGACAUCUACCUUCACAACGAAUAUGUUAGCCACGGUCCCAAAAGAAGUUAUACUCAUUGGUGGAACAAUUACCACAUUAUUAGUAUUUCAGAUAUGCUCAAGGAAGAGAUAAUAGAUCAAAAUAAAGAUGUAUCCUUAAGGGACGUGAUGCGGAAUAUUCGUGGCUACCCUGGGGCUUUCGACAAUUAUUGGAACGAGUACUAUUUGCCCCGUUCGCUAACUUGGAUGCCGGACCUUUUUGCGUAUAACAUGAAUUCUACUAGAAGGUACCAUGCAGCACGCGGUGAGAAUAAAGAUCUAUCACCGUUUGCCUCACGGAAGCAAAGUUGGCUAAACAACAAGCUAAGAGCCAUCACUAUAAAGGGCGAUGAGCACCCAAAGGCGGAAUCCACAUCAACCACACAAGAGACAGAGCUCGAAUAUGAAGAUGACCUGAGACUAUCAAGCUACCAGCUUAAAAAAGUGCUUGCAAAAGACGCUGCCAUUAAGAGAAGCCUGGCAAUUGCUGAGCGCAAUGAUAAGGUUCCGUUACCUCUAGAAGACUCAAUGAGCAAUGAUUCAGAGAUCACUGCGAUCGAGAAUGAGGAAGAAAUGCGCGACAGAGAUACGCCACUAGAUUGCGUCUCGCAGUUGGACGACGUGAUCACAUACAGUGAUUACUACGUCGAUAUCGAUAUCGACGUCGAGUAUUACACUAAUAUCAUGAAAGUCGACAGCUAUCAACCAUCUGAAGAUUAUCAAGAUAUGAUCACUCGAGAAAAAGUGACAGUGAAGCAAUGA